AUGGCGCCCAAGGAGGCGCCGGAGGAGGCGGGGCAUCGGGCCGGCGUCUCGCUCUCGGACUUUGUCAGCCACGGCUGCGGCCUGGCGCCCUUCCUGCGGCUGCGGCCCAGGAGGGGCUGCGCCCGCCAUGGCUGCGGCCUGGCGGGUCGCGUCUGCCAGGGCUGCGGCCUGGCGCCCUUCCUGCGGCUGCGGCCCAGGAGGGGCUGCGCCCGCCACGGCUGCGGCCUGGCAAGACUGCUGCGGCUGCGGCCCAGCGUGCCACCUCCUGCGGGAGGAGCAGGCGCGCCUGCACAGGGAGAGGAUGAGGAUCAGGAAAUCCCCGAUCCGGGGGAUUCCGUGACCCCUGAGGGGGACAAGGCCAAGGAGCCGGCUCCUCCUGGGCCGGAGCGGGCUAAGGAGCCGGAGCCGGCCAAGGAGCAGGAGGAUUCCUCCUCGUCCGAGGGCACGCCGUCGCCGGCCUCGGUCAGGAACCGGGGAGCAGCCGAGCGGCGAGACCGCUCAACGCCGGCCUCCGCGGAGAAGGCGGCCGAGCUGCGAGACCGCUUGCUGAGGCAGCGGUCCGGCUCGGAGCGGCCGCCUGAGCCGAAGUUCCCGCCCAAGACGCCGAAGCCGCCGGCCAAGCCGCCGGCCAAGCCGCCGCCCCCGGCGAAGGCGCACCGCCAGCGGUCCAGCGCGCCGAGCCGGCGCCCCUGCUCGCACUGCGGGCGGCAGGUGGCGGACGAUGCAUCUGCCCGAGAGCAGCAUGAGCGAAGCCAGCACUGCAUCGCUCAUCGGAUGUGGCGGUCGGGGCGCUACCGCUCGUGGGCAGACACGCUGGCCGCGGCGCAGGAAGAGAGCGACCGGGCGUGGCAGGCCGCAUAUGGCCCGGACAAGUCCGAGGACCCGGGGCUCUCGCGGGAGCCGAGCCGCAAGGUGAAUCUGCUGGCACGCGUCAAGUCGGGGUCCCGAGCCCCCACGGCCACGGAGAAACGCAGGCGGCGGAAGGAGAGAAAGGGGAGCCGCUCGCGCUCGCGCACGCGCGGCCGCCGCCCCAAGGAGAAGAAAGAAAAGAAGAAAGCGCGCGCCAGCCCAACCCCUGAGGCCCGCGGGCCGAAGAAGGGUCCAGGCGGGGGCGAGCCCCCGCCGCCGCCGGACGGCUCGGGCGGACCCGGUGGCGCGAAAGGGCAGGUCCUGACCGCCCUUUUCGAGCAGGCCACGCGCACCUUGCAAAGCCUGUGA